AUGGAUGAUUCAGUUCAUGCUCAGAGCCAACCAGAUUUUAGUCAGGGGAGAGCGCUUCAGGACAAUGGUAAUGAAGAUCCAACUUUGAAUUUGAAGAUGGGUCAUCCCUCUGCGACACAAUAUCCAUCAAGGGGAAGUAUUCCCGGGAUUUGCUUGCGUUGUCUCUCUGACAAGCAUCCAAGGCGUGCUUGCAGGAGCCCAAUCAAAUGUCUGGCAUGCAUGGGUUGGGGGCAUAUUGUAGUUAAUUGCACCGUUCACAACCAUCGGAGCCAUCGGAGCUACAUGCGCACUGAGCCUUCAAUUCACAAUAAAGAAAAGGGCGACCUCGUGCAGCCCAAGUUGUUUUCCAAGGCCGCGUGCAUGGACCUUGGGCCGAGUACAAGCAACCCACCGCGCUUUCACUCCUUUGUUCAUUGGUGGAAAGUUUCGCCUCUGUAUCAAUCCUCAGUGAGCCCGCCGGAGCCGGUCGUAAUACCAUGUAAAUUUCAUAGCUCUUCAAUAAUGGUGGGCCAUAACAAAGUCACGACCCACAAUGCAGCGACACAAGCUGAGGUGAACACUGAGUUAACUCUAGGGGGCGCUUUGCCUUCCAUGGCUAUUAACAGAGUUACACCCCGCCGUACAAAUGGAGCUUCAGAGUCUCAAGAAAAACCCAUUCCAGCUGAAGAAAACCUCACUCAAGCUCAUACUUUUGUCACAGAGUCUCAAGAAAACCCCAUUCCUUUUGAUUUUUUUGGUUUGGGGCAGCAGGCUCCGGACCACCGGGAAGAAAACCAACAUCAGCAGAACCAGGGACAAAUUGGAAAUGCAAUGAAUGGGGAAGCUGCUCCUCAGGAUAAUAAUGGUUGGCUCCAGUGGUCUGAAAAUUUAUCAGCAGUUCAACAGGGUGAAGUGCAGCUACAAGCUCCUGGGAUGGAAAUAAAUCUGAAUGUUCCACCACUUGUUCUUCUCCAGAACCUCAAUGACCCCCCAAUGAUAGAUGAUGCUCAGGAGGUAUUGAUUUACCAGCCUACUCUGUCUGUCAUCCAAGAAGAGGUGGCUGAAAAUGAGGUAGAGGUGGUACCUGUUCAUCUGCUGAGAAAGGAAAACAAUUCUUUGCACCGAGAAAUUCCUGACGAUGAGCUCAUGGAUGACAAUGAGAUUCAAGAGGCCCAAAAUGAGCAACUCAUGGACUGGCAGCAAAACGAAGUUGCUCAGGCUGAAAAUAUUCAGAUAGGGAUGGUCAGGAUUAUUGGCAGCUACCAUCCAAAUCAGUUUCCUUUUCAGAAAGACAUAUUCCCUUCUACUGAUGUCCCCAAAAAGCUUGGUUUGCAGAAAGAUUUGGUCAACCAAGGCAGUGAUCCAAGCACAGAGAAAGUUCUGGUGGAGAUGCCAAAGGGAUGGGUCGAUUUCUUUGAUUGCUUGCUUCACUCUCCUCAUCAUUUUGACUGGACAAGCAAACUCAAUGUUGGUUUAGCUUCAUGUCUGCAACAUCAGGGAGAAGCCUCAACACUUCUGAUCCCCAGAUCCUGCCCUAAGAACCACAUAACUUGUGGCAAACUGCUCGAGCCACCAGUUCUGCAGAUUUAUGAAGAUGACUUCAGUCAAAAUAUGGAAACCCCCAAGAAAAAAGCUAAAAUAUCAAAAGCUAAAUCAUCAAUAGUGGACACUGAAGUCAGAAGGAGAAACAGGGCGAGAGAAAAAACAAAUGGCUUCAAGAGCAACCAGUGUAGAGUCAAGAACUGCCUAGGUUGUUCCAUCAAUCCUCCUACCCUGUCAAUGGAGAACUUGAAGAAAAUUGGGGCUGAAUUCUGCCAGUUUGAUCCAGACCUCCUUCAAGAACAGCUAACUGCAAAGAAGAACAAGCCCUCUCCAAUCAGCAAGAAGAAGAACAAAAGAAGUGGAACAGGAAAUGUUAAUGAAGAUGGUGAAGCAGAACCUGUGAACAAUAAAGAGAAGGGUGACAAUGACACCAAGAAUGAUGAAAAAAUCAGUAAGGAGAAGAAGAAGCCAAGCAAGGGAAAUGAAGAAGCCUAA